UAUCAAUCAAGCGAUCUGGGCCGCGCGGUGAAAAUGCGCUCGGCGCUUCCGCGGGAGGCGCGCGGUCUGGAUGGUUUUGGGCUGAAAUCGGAUGUUUGGACGGCGGUUUCGGGGGAGAUUUUCUGGCUCGACUCACAGUCAAGGCCCAGCUCUUUUUUUAUGAUCUUUUGUAGAAGUGCGAAUGGCGGCGGCGCUGGUGGGGAGGGAUAGCCCGAUGUCCCUUAGAUUGAUUGAUAGGCGAUUAUGGGCAGGCUUUUUAUUAUAUUUAAAGAGACAGGGACGAUGUUUUUAAUAAGUGAGCGAAAAGUCAAGACGGUUUGUGUUUUUGCAUUAUAACGUAGGUUAUGCAGUAUAACUGUAUAUUAAUUGCGCCAGCGGUUCUCACGGGUGUCUUGGGUUUCGAAUAAAACGCUAUAGAUAUGAACAUAUAUAAGCGAUGGGUUUGAACAGAGACUCCGUGCAAACAUGGCGCCUACAGUAAUAGAGAGGAUGAGAUACAGUCAUCUGUGGCUGAAGAAAGAAAUAGACCAUGACCAAGAUAUAAAACCACAUUACGAGAAAAACGGUGACACGCACAUCGAGUAUGUGUUUAAAUGUAGAUAUUUUCUAAACCCAUUCAAAGCGAAUCACUCGCUGAAGUCGUGUUGCAGUGCAGAUACAUCAGGGCGAUAUUUAGCGAUGUUACUAUAUAUAUCGCCAAUUUGUAUUCGCCUGUUCGCAGAGAGAGCACUGCAGAUGUUUAUCCCGUUUAGCGUAUAAGUUCAUUUUGAAGCAAAUGAAUGUAAUGCAUCAAAUCAAACAAGACUUUAUACAUCGUUUUCUCACUUAUGUGUAAAGUACAAAGUUUUGAUUCACGGCAGCGCAUGCAGAGGAAAAUACAAUAAAAACUGAUUUGCAUUUUUAAACGACACAGGUGUUUAUAGACCAAGUUUAGUGGAGCUGAAGAUCAGCUUUAUAGAAUGCCCAAGCGUUGUCCACAGCAACAGUAACUAUGAUGACAUCCCCAUCGGUGUCCAUGGAGGAUUACCAAGAGGCUGAGCAGAUGCAAGUGGGAGAGCAGACGGCGGGACAAGUGGAGGAGAGGUUGGAGGAAGAGGAGGAGAGAGAGGAAGAGGAGAGCAGCUCAGCACCGUCUGAGCCACAAACUCCUAUGGAGGUCUACAAGACGGCCAUUUACAGACACCCCUUGUUCCCCCUGCUGGCGCUGCUCUUUGAGAAAUGUGAGCAAUCCACUCAGAGCUCGGAGUGCGUGACCUCGGCCAGCUUCGAUGUGGAUAUCGAGAACUUUGUGCGAAACCAGGAGAAAGAAGGCAAGGCUUUCUUCAGUGAGGACCCUGAUUUGGACAAUCUGAUGGUGAAGGCCAUCCAGGUGUUACGGAUUCACCUGCUGGAGCUGGAGAAGGUAAAUGACCUGUGUAAAGAUUUCUGUAGCCGCUACAUCGCCUGCCUCAAGACCAAGAUGAACAGCGAGACGCUGCUCAGUGGAGAGCCAGGAAGCCCCUACUCCCCAACACAGACACAGCCGCUGAGCUCGUUCUCUGGAGCCAUGAGUCCCCAAGGUAUUGUAGUGCCAGCGUCGGCUUUACAACAAGGCAAUGUUACUGUCACAGCUGUAAACCCCACACAGGUGGUAACAGGUGGUACACUGUAUCAGCCUGUUACAGUUGUUACUCCACAGGGGCAGGUGGUCACACAGACUCUGUCACCUGGAACAAUACGCAUCCAGAACUCACAGCUUCAGCUGCAGUUGAACCAGGAUCUAAACUUUUUCAGUCAGGAGGACAGUUCGUCUAAGGCCAAGAGAGGCAUCUUGCCCAAACACGCCACCAAUGUCAUGCGUUCUUGGCUCUUCCAGCAUAUCGGUCACCCUUACCCUACAGAAGAUGAGAAGAAACAGAUCGCCCUGCAGACCAACCUCACCCUGCUGCAGGUUAACAACUGGUUUAUUAACGCACGCCGACGGAUCCUUCAGCCCAUGCUGGACGCCAGCUCCUCGGACACACCCAAGAGCAAAAAGAAGACGCCCCAAACGCGCCCCCUACAACGCUUCUGGCCCAACUCCCUCGCCUCCUCUGUGUCCCAGCAACAGGUCACCAUGGAAGACGGUACUACGGUAACAGUCGGUGUGGGUGAGGACGGCCUCCAGACGCUCUCAUCAGACGGAGCUACGCUGGCCAUGCAGCAGGUCAUGAUGGGAGGUCACAGCGAGGAGGAUGAUGAUGAUGAUGAAGAGGACGAUGAGGACGAGGACAAUGAUCCUUCCCACUCCGACAUGACCAGGCUGGGCCUGGAGACCAGCGACUCACUGUAGUAGGACUGAACUACUCACAGGCACACACACACACACACACACACACACACAGUUAGUAUAGAGAGAGACAUUUAAGGCUCAUCAGAGCACUAAGAAGAAAGAGACGUUCACACAAACACCUCGGCUGAUGUGUUGAAGGUCACAGAACAUCCUCGAGCUGUCAAACAGCGCGUUUGAAGUACAGAGAAAGGGCUUAAAGCCACACACACACCGAAACAACCCACACACACAGGUCAAAAUGAAGACACAAGCACAAGUCUCUCUCACGGCGGAGCGCACGCACCAUUUCCGACGCAGUUUGCCGAGUGCACUUUUUGUAUGAUACUGUAAACUUAAAGAAAGUGUUCAAAGCACAUUUCGAAAGAGCUAAAAGGAAGGAAAUUAAAAAAGAUAUUGAUGCUGGAUGAUUUGGUUGUACUUAUCCUCUUGGUCUGGGAUGCUACGACAAUGAGAUUUCGUCUCUUGCAUGCCUGUGUUUGCUUUAAUCAGGCACCAGGAAAAAGAAGGAACUAUUUUUAUAGCACACUGUCACAAGUGAUCGGUGCCAAUUUGUUUGUUUUCUCAAUUUGUUUGUUUUGCUCUGGUUUGCUAUGUUUUGUAAGGAGUAUUUAUGUAUGAAAAAGACAAAAAAACACUUUUAACUUGCUCACCCUGUUUUGGAGGGAUUGUGGUAACUACUUAGUACAAAGUACAAAGAAUGACUAUCCGCUGAAGGCAUAGACUCUGAAGCCUUAUGUUUUUACAUUUCUAAUGCCACAAUGUGAGAUGCUCUCAUAUUUAUGGAAGCUUAUUUAAGCCACAAAAUUGGAAAAGGUCAUUAAUUUGCGAUUUUUUUUUUAUCUUACAAUUUCUACAAUUCUGAUUCUGAUUAUUUUUCUCAGAAUUGUGAGUUUAUAUCCUGUAAUUCAGAUUUUCUUUCUCACAAUUCUCAGUUUAUAUUUCACAAUUCUGUGUUUAUAUCUUGCAAUUCAGUUUUUUCUCACAAUUCUGUGUUUAUAUCUCGCAAUUCAGAUUUUUUUUCUUGCGAUUCUGAGUUAACAUCUUGAAAUUACGAUUUUUUUCCUCAGAAUUGACAAUUUAUAUCUUGCAUUUCUGAGUUUAUAUCUUGCAAAUCUUUUUUUUUUCUGGCAAUUCAGAUUUUUUCCUCAGAAUUGACAAUUUAUAUCUUGCAUUUCUGAGUUUAUAUCUUGCAAAUCUUUUUUUUUUCUGGCAAUUCAGAUUUUUUUUCUGGCAAUUCUGUAUUUUUUUUCUUGCAAUUCUGAGUUUAUACCUAGCGAUUCUGAGUUAUUGUCUCUCAGAUCUGAGUUUAUAUCUCAAUUCUGAUUUUUUUUGUCAGAAUUGUGAGCUUGUCACAAUUAUAUCUCACAUUUUUUCUCACAAUUCUGAGUUUGUGUGACUCAAUUCUGAUUUGUUCUUGCAAUUCUGAGUUUAUAUCUCGCAAUUCAGAUUUUUUCUAGAACUCUGACUUUAUAUCUUUUAAUUCAUCAAUUAGUAUAUAUAUCACAAUUCAGAACUGUGAGGGAAAAAAAGUCUUAAUUAAAGUCUGAAUUGUGAGAGAAAAGUUGUAAAGCAUUAUAAGGCUAAAAAGGUCACAAUUUCCUUUUUUAAUUCCAUGGUGGAAUAAAAAAAUAAAAAAUAAGCUUCCAUACAUAUCUGAUGUCACUUCCUGUGCAAUCGGCAUGGAUACCGUGUCCACUAAUAAUAUGUUUGCAAGGUUGUGAUAAUGUUUAUGAAAUUCAAUGCCUGUAAUUGUUGUAUGACAAGAAAAUGUGCUUUUUAAUGAGUAUAUUGCAAAAACUCUUAAGUGAAACAGAGAAGGACGUCAACAAGACUUUGUAUUUAUGUAUAUUUUUUUGGCAAAGGGACUCAUCGUCGAUGUUAAACCCCUUCAGCUCAAACAUUUAUGACAGAUUUUUUUUUAUCUUGCAUUAUUAUGGACAGUUCAUAGAGUUUUUGCAGGAAAACGUUAUUUUUUGUUUUUUUAAAGUGGACAAAACAAAUGUUUUCAAUAUUUAACAAUUGAUUGCAUGUGUUUUCAUUCAUUAUUGUAAAGAAACAUUCAAUAUUAUUUUUUGAAACAUAACGUAUGCUCACAAUAGAAAUACAAACCUAUCAGUGUAAACCCAAUGAGACUGGUACAGUCGAGCUGUUAGUAAACUCUUGAUGGUAUAUUUCAAUAACAAAUAAGCCAAUAUAAUAUAUAUUUUGAUGAGAUGUUUUGUCCCGUUUUACGAGCUGAAAUUCUUCCAUUUACAGCUUGAGCUCAUAUAUCCUGUUUUCUGGUUGUUUAAUGUGUUCAGUAUGUGCUGUAGGCUGUCUGUACUGAGCGGCUUUUCAUUUGCAGCAGUAGUCUUGUGAUGCCAUCGGUCAGAUGACGAACCCGAAAGGAGAAACUCCGUUAGCUUAGCAUGGAGAGGUUUAAAUGCUGCACUUUGGGCUUUGAGCAUUUUUCUCUUUGCUUCUAUAAUCGCUUCUCUCUCACACACACACACACACACACAAACACAGAUUUGCCUUUCAGACUCUUGGUUUUGUAAUAAAGAGCACUGUACCUGAAG